AUGUAUGCAGAGAAUGGUAUGACAUGGUUCAUUGGAGAUUUCAAUGCUUCAUAUGACAUAGAGGUCAGAAAAUCUAACAGAGAACAGCUGUUCUUUCAUUUUGUACAAUGUACAAAUUUAGUUCCUGUAAACAGUUUAGAUAUUUGCUCCGGCACAAAGUCAACAUUUGUAACAUAUGAUAACAGUUACGAAAGUAUAAUAGACUUUAAUUGUAUACCAGUUGAGAUGUAUGAUUGUGUUACUCAUUGUGAAGUUAUGGAUGACAGUUGUUUAAAUGUGUCAAGGCAUAGGCCUGUGUUAUGCAAAUUAGAAAUUCCAAUCAGUGCGACACGAGACUACAUCGCUACGGAUAGUGAAAAUAUGAAAAUUAAUUGGAAAAAAGUAAGUGAUGUGCAAGUGACGGAAUUCCAACGCAGGCUAAAAGAUAUUUCUUCCCUCCAAUAUUACGCCCAUAAACAACUUAACAAUCAAGAUAUAGACAAGUUUUACGAGAUAAUAUCUUCGUCCCUCAAUAAAUGUGCAGGAUGUAUUUUUCCAAAGAAGCGCUUUAGACCAUAUUUAAAACCCUACUGGAAUUCCCGUUUGACUGAAUUGCAUGACAAUAUGACUCACAGGAGGAACAUAUGGUGCCAACAUGGAAGACCGAAAGAAAAGGGUAAUGAACACUAUACGGAAUACAAAUCGGCCAAACGCGAAUUUAGAAGAUACCACAGAUAUUGCACGGCACAAUACAUGACAGAACUAGACAGGGAAAUCGACCAAACUGCAGAGCUUGACUCGCGCAUGUUUUGGAAAUUAGUUAAUAAUAGACGUAAACAGUCAUACCGUAAAUUAGGCGCCGGUAUGAAAUUUAAUGACACGGUAUUUUGGGACCAACAGGAAAUUACAGAACAAUGGGGACACUACUUUAAGAAACUAUAUACACCUACUGCUGACUCCACGUAUGACUCCAGCUGGAAGACAACUGUCGAAGAGAAAGUACGCGAAACAUUAAACAGGUCUGUACCGGAUCAAAAUGUCAAGAUUGUGCCGGAAUCGAUUACAAGUAUGUUGCAAACAUGCCCGUUGGGAAAAGCAUCUGGAGCUGAUGACAUUGCAUAUGAGCAUCUAAUAUAUGGCGGUGCGUUUGUAUCAAUUAUACUGGCUUCCUUGUUUACCGGUAUGCUUCGAAAUGCAUAUAUACCAGACGUAAUGAAACGUGGAAUUAUUCUGACAAUGCACAAGGGUGGGAAUAAGAGCAGGGACGAUCCUAACAACUACCGUGCAAUAACACUUACAUCAACUGUUCUUAAAUUAUUUGAAAUGGUCCUCGUAGAAAGAACAAAACCUUUUAUUUUACAAAGCUUAAGUCCACAACAAGGUGGCUUCCAGGAAAAGCUUGGCUGCUUAAUGACAUCUUUUGUGUUAAGAGAAUCCAUUUGGUUUAGCAAAGAAAAUUCUAGCAAACUUCAUAUCUGCUUUCUAGACGCAAAGCAAGCGUUUGAUCGAGUGUGA